AUUUCUUGCAUUAGUUCAAGAAGUGUACACUGGUGCGUUCUUUCUAGCAGAAGUGACGUCAGAGGUUACUGUUCUUUCCAAGCAACUUAAUGCAACAGUUCACUGAAUUGCUUGCACUGAGUCUGGAGCUAGUAGGUUUGUUUUUCGUUCCUGCACUGCUGAACUGGUGCAAUAAGUUAGAGCGAGAAAAAAUAUACUUGUCUCAUUCUAAUUUAUUGCACCAGUUCAGCAGCGCAGGAACAGAAAACAGGUUCAGUGCAAGCAGUGCAGUGCAGUGCAAGGAUAAAAGUUACUGUACCAGUGCAAGUAGUUCAGGUGAAAAGAACAAAUCUAUGAAGAUGGAACAGAUAAAUAUUGCAGAAAUUAAAAGGAAUGAAGGUGGCAAUAUCCCAGAUAGGUUCUUCGGGCAAUUGAGAUACAUACAUUAACGCAAGGUGGCGGAAAAGCAUUGAAAAGAAUGGCGAAGAAGGUGGCGCCGGCGACGUUGCAGACGGAGGUGUUGAAUGACGAAGAAUGGGAGAAAGUAUUGAAACGAAAGGGAUUAGUAGUUGUGGAUGUGUACUCGGAUUGGAGUGGUCCUUGCACAGGUAUGGUGAGCAUCUUGAAAAAGAUAAAAAUGGAGAUUGGAGGUGAUGCGCUGAGUUAUGCCACGGCAAGCUGUGAUCGCGUUACCGCCCUGCAGAGAUUUCAAGGGAAGUGCGAACCCACGUGGAUGUUUAUUCAUGAAGGACGAAUGAUAAAUUUAAUGUUCGGGGCACAUUGCCCACAGUUUAUGACAAUGCUAACAACCGAGCUCGAGAGAGUUCAAAACGGCGAUGAGCACGAAUUCUCAAUGGACGUUUCGGAAAGAAGUCCAGAAGAAGUAACGCGAUUAAAAAUCCAUGAGGAAGCAAGAAUAGCUAAGGAGACAGCGAGGAAGUCCCGAAAGGAGGCUGAAGCUAAAGCGAGAUACGAGGCAGAGAUGCUACAUCUCACGACGUCGUUGUGCAACGAGACUUGUCUGUUGUUAUUCCCAUGGAUAUUCAAGGAUGAAGAAGGACGCAGAAGAGACAAGAAGACAAGUCCGCCGUACGUGGAGCUAGUUGAGGAAUUACUGCCAGAACAUUACACGGUGGAGCAAGAAUUACGCAAACGACUGAGUGAGGAUAUAGUCUGUCAGAUACUUGACGAGUCAACGUACAGCUUCUCAGAAUAUGUCAAGCAACUACUGAUCGAUGGCAAAUGCAUGGUCAUGCGACUGAGGAUCGUCGAUGAAAAAAAGAAUCUCGACGUUCAUAAUUAUCUGUUCAGCAUUUUGUUCAACCAACCGACUUUGCCGGAGUCAGAAGAUGAUCUAUCUGAAGAUUGGUACGCAAGUUACGCUGGCAGACACUGUCCGGCUUUUGAAGUCCCUGACAAGGAAAAUAAAAAAUUUCCUUUCAUCUGGACGCCUCCGAAUCCCAGAAACAAAGCAAUCGUUUUUCGCACGAUAUUCAACGUUUACACUAACACGACAUACCCGUAUGAAGAUAAGAUGGCAAAUGUACCAAUAAUUGUCUUCAAAUAUGACUAUACGCGCAAAAAUGAUUUAAAGAUGGUGCUGGAAAUGUUCAACGACGACGUUAUCGAUUUUGGUAUAUUCGAAUAUGAUAAGCCACCUGAAGCUAAAAUGAUCGCCAAAAGUAUUGAAGCGUUUGAGAUGAGCACGGAGGAGAAAACAGGUUAUGAAAUAUUUGUCUGCACGGUGAAGAAAGUGGGUUGCGAGGCAUUUUUGGGCUUCGCCGGGAUCGGGCCCUUUCACGUGAGCGAAAAUCCGGAGAAAGCUAUCGAAGAGUCGAAGCUGUACUUCCCGGACGUUACCGCUGUAGAGGAAACGCAAUCGGACGACGAGGAAAAACCGGAAGAACUGGAAGAGCAGCAAGAAAACACAACGGAAUCUUAAUCUCGUAAUUGUCUUAUUGCAUGAUC